AUGGCAGCGGCGAUUGCCAGCGGUUUGAUCCGACAGAAGCGACAGGCGAGAGAGCAGCACGCCCACCGACCGACCACUCACCGGCGGCGGAAAAGCCCCGGUAAGAAGCAGGGGCUGUGCAACGGGAACCUGGUCGACAUCUUCUCCAAAGUCCGGAUAUUUGGCUUGAAGAAGAGGAGGCUACGGCGGCAAGAACCACAGCUGAAGGGCAUAGUGACCAGGUUGUUCUGCAGGCAGGGCUUCUAUCUCCAGAUGGGCCAGGAUGGAAGUCUGGAUGGGACCAAAGACGACAGCACCAACUCCUCUCUGUUUAACUUAAUUCCUGUGGGUCUGAGAGUUGUGGCCAUCCAAUCAGUCAAGACUGGCCUCUACAUCGCCAUGAACGGAGAGGGUCACCUCUACUCAUCGGAACUGUUUACAGCCGAGUGUAAGUUUAAGGAGUCGGUGUUUGAGAACUACUAUGUGAUCUACAGCUCUAUGCUCUACAGACAGAAGGAGUCGGGCCGGGCCUGGUUUCUGGGCCUCAAUAAAGAGGGACAGGCCAUGAAAGGCAACAGGGUCAAAAAGACCAAACCAGCUGCACACUUCCUGCCUAAACCUAUAGAAGUUGCGAUGUACCGAGAGCCUUCUUUGCACGAUGUAGGGGAGGCGGUGCCUAAACUCGCCGGGGGCCCGCCUUCCAAAAGCACAACCAGCGAACCAGUGGUCAUGAAUGGCGGCAAGCCAGUCAACAAACCCGACAAGGAGGAGACAUAA